AUGUCGGGAGUGAAAGCAACAAUUAUACAGCUAAAAUUUAAUUCUGUUAUUCAAGCUUUCCAGGAAGCAGGCAUCCCGUACGAUGAAAACAAUCCUUCAGCCGUUUUAGUAUGGCACGAUACUCUUAAUUUAAUCGAUUAUUAUAAAUUUCUUCAUCCUUGGCAGGUAGUAAAUAGAAUACCAUAUAUCCAUUUACUUUGCAGAAAAUCAUCAUUUGCUAGACUUAUACAGCAUAUGAAAGAAUAUUUUCCUGAAGAAUAUUCUUUUGUACCUAAAACAUACAUUUUACCAUUUGAAGGAAAACGGCUUAAGAAAGCAAUUGCAAAAAAGAACGUGAGACAUAUCAUAAAACCUGACGGCGGAUCACUCGGAGUUGGUAUUACUAUUAUAGAUCCCGGAAAUGAAUAUGCUCCAGAAGAUAUCCUAGCAGUUGGCCAAGAGUAUAUCGAAUCACAUACAAUCGAUGACCGAAAAUACGAUUUACGUGUAUAUGUUUUGGUCGCAUCAGUUUCUCCACUUACAGUAUAUGUUUACAGAGAUGGAGUUGCAAGAUUUUGCUCAUCUGCACAAGGUGCCAACUCAGUUUAUUCUCAAAUCACAAAUGUUGGUUUAAAUAAAUUUAAUGUUGGCGAGAAAAGUAUGGAAGAGAUUUCCAAACUAAUCAGCGAUAUCAUUCCUAAGAUGCAGAUAACACCUGAAGAGCUAUGGAGUAGAAUUGAUCGCGUUGCGGUUCUAACAAUUUUAUCUUGCUACAAAUACUUCGAAAAAGGCGUCAAUGAUUUUGUGAAAUCAAUUCCUUAUCCAAGAUGCUUCCAAAUUCUUGGUUUUGACAUACUUCUCGACAAAGAUUUGAUGCCACACGUUUUGGAAGUAAAUUAUAGGCCAAGCCUUGAUUAUUAUCGACCACCAGAACGAAGAAUGAAGGUUUCAAUGAUUAGAGAUGCUAUUAGAAUAGGUUGCCCGCUUUCACAAGUUCAAGCUUGCAUUUCGGAGCGAUCUUUUGGCUGGGAUGGCGAAAACUUCAGUGCAUUUAUUAGUCAGUCCCAAAAUUUGAUCGAUUCUAUCAAUAAUGAGAAAAAAAGCGCGGUGAAAAAUAGCAAAUUUGUAAGAGUUUAUCCGUCAACGGAUAAAAUACAAGAAACUUAUAAUAAUAUCUUGGCAACAGUCAAAUCGUUGCCAUUUGCACUUAUUCCUGGUUUUAAUGUUUAA